AUGUCUCUCUAUCUUGGUAAUGAAUAUCAGAUAACUUUAGUGGCUCUGAACAGGUUCUGUGCGCUGUUCUUUCCUCGCCACUAUUCGAAGAUAUUUGCUCUCCGGCCUACACUGAUUGUGAUUAUUCUUUUUUAUGUGUACAGGUUGGCAGUAGUAAUUUAUAUGACAGCGGUCGCUGUUGCCCGCGGGUGCUUUUAUUCAUUCUCCACCACCUCUCUCAGCUGGCAAUAUCCUCCUGAUCCGGCCUGUUUGUUUGAAGAUAACAUUAUGAUAAUUGUACUAACCACCUUUGUUGGUACUACAUGCCUUAACAUGGUUACUUUCGUUCACAUUUUGAACUUUUAUCGGUCAAUGGAUAUGCAUGACAGAACCACUCAAAAAAGAAUCAGGAAAAAUGCAAUGUUGUUUUUUCAAACAGUUUUACAAGAUUCUCUCUACAUCAUUGACUUGUCUUUCACAUUUAAAUUAAGUGCAUUGAGUAGUCAUAGAAUGUGGUCUUCUAUCAGUGGAACACUUGUUUGGGAGUCAUUGCAUAUGCUCGAUGGAUUCAUCAUGCUUGUGUUCAAUGAUCGAUUUUCCUUUAUUUGUGCUCGAGAAGAUUCUGUAGAGUCCACUGCGUCUGUUGCUCCACGAAGGGUCCCAAUUCAUCAUUUGGGAUCAUUUGGAUGA